AUGACUGGAAGUAGGGCCCGAAAGAAGAGCUUCGUGCCUCAACUCCAAACAAAUGAUACAGUUGAUGCCGGUACCGAGGCCCCUUUUGUGUUCGACAUGUUGCUAGGCCGACUAUGUCGUCUUGUGGGCAUGAGGUCGGAAACGGGGUCUAAUGUUGGUCACAUUGAGUGCGAAAUUCCAACAAAUGAGGCCGACCGAGACAGUCGAGCUAGCGAUGGGGCUGGUAAGCAUGGAUUAUCACAUUUCACAUCCUUCAAGUGUGCGCUCUCAAGGCAUCACCCCAGCCGCGGUAAGUUGAGAGGAGUGAUGUCGGUGACUUGUAGAGACAUGGAGAUGAGAUGGCGCCAAGUUAUCGGCUAA